CAGGUCCAGUAGUGAGUGCUUUGGCCAACAAAUACGGCUGUCGUUUCGUAACAAUUAUGGGAAGUGUUAUCGCAUUCAUUGCUUUGCUUUUAUCAACCAUUGCACCCAAUAUUGAAGUUCUUAUGUUAACUUAUGGAGUAAUGGGAGGCGUCGGGUUUGGUAUGAUUUAUUUGCCGGCAAUCGUAUCGGUGGGCUAUUACUUUACGACACGGCGAGCGUUGGCCACCGGACUGGCCGUUUGCGGGUCAGGUGUGGGCGCCUUCAUGUUUGCGCCGAUGACUCAGUACUUGUUAACCAAAAUGGAUUGGAAGAACACUCUCAUGAUUUUGGCGGCGCUGGCCCUCCACUGCUCGGUGUUCGGGGCACUCAUGCGACCGCUCAAUGUUCACGCGGAGGCCAUCGUUGUCGACGAGUCCAGCACCAGGACGUCGGACAGAAAGCCGUUACUGCAGAGGAUAGCGGAGGAGAAGCGCCGGCGA